AUGACAAAUCUCCGAAAAACCCACCCCCUACUAAAAAUUGCAAACGACGCAUUAGUUGACCUCCCCACUCCUGCCAAUAUUUCAGCUUGAUGAAACUUUGGCUCCCUACUUGGCCUUUGUCUCGGUGCUCAAAUUCUUACAGGCCUAUUCCUUACAAUACACUACUGCUCGGACAUUACAGCCGCCUUUUCCUCCGUAGCCCACAUCUGCCGUGACGUAAAUUACGGUUGAUUAAUUCGAAACAUACACGCAAACGGAGCUUCAUUCUUCUUUAUCUGCAUCUACAUACACAUCGGCCGAGGGUUAUACUAUGGCUCAUACCUGUACAAAAACACUUGAAAUGUGGGAGUAAUCCUUCUUCUACUAGUAAUAAUAACUGCCUUCGUUGGCUACGUGCUUCCUUGAGGCCAAAUAUCGUUUUGAGGCGCUACCGUCAUUACUAACCUACUCUCAGCAGUCCCCUAUAUUGGUAACUCCCUAGUCCAAUGAAUCUGAGGAGGCUUCUCCGUAGAUAACGCCACCCUCACCCGAUUCCUGGCCUUCCACUUUCUUCUUCCCUUCGUAAUUGUAGCAAUAACAAUAGUCCACCUCAUUUUCCUCCAUGAAACAGGAUCAAACAACCCAACAGGCCUAAACUCAGAUGCAGACAAAAUCUCAUUCCACCCAUACUUCUCCUACAAAGACCUCCUAGGCUUUACAAUCCUUCUCCUCGGCCUAACCUCACUAGCCCUUUUUCUACCCAACCUUCUUGGAGACCCCGACAACUUCACCCCCGCCAACCCACUAAUAACCCCGCCUCAUAUUAAACCAGAGUGAUACUUCCUGUUUGCCUACGCCAUUCUCCGCUCUAUCCCUAACAAACUAGGAGGGGUCCUCGCACUUCUAUUCUCAAUUUUAGUUUUAAUAGUCGUCCCAAUCCUCCACACCUCCAAACAGCAAAGCCUCACUUUCCGGCCCCUCGCCCAACUAUUAUUCUGGCUCCUAAUUGCAGAUGUCAUUAUCCUUACUUGAAUCGGAGGAAUGCCAGUUGAACACCCCUUUGUUAUUAUUGGACAAGCAGCAUCCGUCCUAUACUUCAUAAUUUUUCUCAUCCUCAUACCUACAGCCAGUUGAAUAGAAAACAAACUAAUUAACUGAUAG